UAUUCGACUGAAUGGACAACGCCCAUUCCUAGUCAAACAUAUCUGGUGAAGUCCUAUCCUCUGUAUAUUUUAAUAAAACACCUCUAAUAGUUUAAUAUAAUAUAUGAAAACAUAUAUACAAAUGCGUAUUACUCAAACCACUCACAGACUACACGUGGUGCUUCCGUGAUUUUGAGAUAUGUUGUUAUCGUCAAACUAUGAGAGACUUAACGUGCAGAUUUGCAGUCGAUUCCAAGCUCUUUAUCGACACCAUGUGGAAAGUGCAUGAAGAAAAAGAGUCAGAAAUUAUAUAAUAGGGGCAUAUUGUUACAAUUGCCCAUUAUGUGGCAUUUUUAAUUAAACACUUAAGAAAUGUAUGCCUAUCACUUUAAUGAACAAGGUCCAGACAGUUUGUUCUCACUUCCAAUUUUAAUAGGCUAUAUGUAUAUAACUAUUAAAAUUAUAUUUAUUAUAGUUAGAAAAAGCUGCUGCUGAUCCAGCUGCAUGUAGCCUACUAUAUCAGUACUUGACUAGCAUCUAUUCUGUUGUUGGUAACGAAUGUAUUUAUCAAAUAUUUGCUUUUAAUUUAAUUGUUACUAGUAAAAUUAAAUAGACUAGUUGUCACAUAUUCUACUCCAGUGAAUAGGGAAAGUAAACACAAUUUUGACCUUUUGUGACAACAUGCCCCAAUAGCUGUGAAAUAGCGACCACUUGUGAUCGGAUCACCGAAAACGCAGGAAACAGGGCCAAUGAGAACCUGCCACAACACAACUUAUAAUCGACUUUCUGCUACAUUUAUGCAGUACAAUAAAACAAACAUAAAUAUUUAACACAGUAAACCAUUGUUUGGUCAACACAAAACGUAAUUAAUAGACUGUGAAAAAACAAAUGUGACAACCAGUUCCCUGUGUGACAACUAGCUCCGUUCUCCCCUAGCAAGUAAACAUAAAAUAAACACAGUGGAAAUAGCUACUUUUAGUUAAAAAGACGUGUAAGUCACUUUAAACAGUUACUAAACUGGGAGGAAUAAUGUCCACUGACUCGCCAUUGGUUCUCUUCUGCUCUGCAACAUACCUGGCAUAUGUAUUAAAGGUAGACUUUCCGGAACUGCAACUGUCAUCUGUAGUGAACGAACGUGACGCAAAUUCAUUCAAGGUGCUACAACAACUGUUUGUUUCAAAGAAGAUGGAUUUUGUUUCCCAUUUACGCAUUCGGUUUUAUGAAUGAAGUUAUUGUAUUUCUGCAGGAGAAAUGGGGGAUUAUUACUACUGUUCCUUGUCUCAAAAAAAAAUGGACGGCAUCGCCAAAAAUAAGGAAAUCGACCGCAUCCUUGCUGAGCAUAGGAAAAAAGAAAAUAAACAGCCUCUAUUGCUUUUAUUAGGCACAAGAGAAAGCGGAAAGACAACGUUUAUGAAGCAGAUGAGGAUUUUUCAUGGAAAUGGCUUCUCAGAAGAUGAGAGGCGCAGCUACACUAAACUGGUUUUCCAGAAUAUCUUCCAAGCAAUAAGUGCAAUAACAGAAGCCAUGAGCACGCUAAAGAUUCCCUACUCCAACCCACAGAACGAGAUUUAUGCCCAGUGGUUCCAGGAUCAGGACAUACAUCAGGUAACUCAGCUGCAGAGAAGUUAUGUAGAGGCUAUUCGUCACCUAUGGGAAGAUCAAGGCGUUAAGAUCUGCUACAAACGACGCAGAGAGUAUCAGCUACUGGACUCCACUGGGUACUUUAUUUAUAACUUGGACCGCAUCGCAGCCGAAGACUACAUCCCUACAACUCAAGAUAUUCUACGUGUUCGAUCUCCCACCAAUGGCAUUACAGAGCAGUGCAUUAGUAGGAAGAGGUUAACUAUGAGGAUUGUAAAUAUCGGUGGUCAGAGGGGACAGAGAAGGAAGUGGAUCCAUUGCUUUCAGAAUGUGACGUCACUCAUAUUUGUAGCUUCCCUCAGCGAGUACGACCAACUUCUGGAGGAGAAUAACAAGAAAGAUUGUGGGUGUUUGGAGGAUGUGAUGGAUACACUUGAUGCAUCCUUCAAAACAGGCCAAAUUAAGGAUGCAAAACGAAGGCUGCCUUCAAAGGAUCCUUUAAAAUUGAAACAACCUUUGACGGAGCUUGAUGCUGUGGCAGCCAAGAUAUUCAGCCUUACUAAGACACAGCCUUCCGACUGACAAGAAACAAGCAUAUAUUUCAAGUUGGUCCAGCCAAUGUGCAUGUGCAGUCCUAAGUGUGCAUCUCAGGACACUGGUUGUUUCUGUGGCCUCCGGAGCUUCUAACAUCAGUUGCACUUUCUCCCAUUGACAGUAAUAUGAGCGUACAUUCUUGGUUUAAAGUUUUAGCCUUGCCUUCUAUAUGGCCAAAAGGAAAGAUCACCAGACUGAAAAGCAACCAAUCAGGUUUUUUUUUUUUUUUUUUUUUUUUAAGUGGCAUUUCGAAAUUCAGAUACAGAAUUAUUGGCAGUCUGAUCAAAUAAUGGUAAUUUUAUUAGCCAAAUUUAAAGUUGAGUGUAUUGCAUUGUGGAAUACUGUACUUGCAUCAGUUGUACACUUCACAUUUUGGUAAAUUUGACCAUUGGGGUAAACUUUUAACUAUAAAAUACCCAGAUGACCAACUACAUAUCCCACAAUGUUGUGUGCUCAGCUGGCAUCUUUUUUCACCUAAACAUCUUUUCAUUCUAAACAUAACAUAGUAAAAGAACACAAGUAAAAACUCAUUUACAUUAUUCUUUUUCUCCACAAGGAAAUUGAUUUUAAACGAUAACUUAUAAACCUUGAAAAACAGACCUACUGUGAGGUUGUUAAUCCGUGAUAUUUGCUUCUGCUGAAGCUGUCAGGCUCCAUUAUUUCAGCUCAUUUUUAAAAUCAUUUUAAACAGUGGAAUUCCUGGUGAAAAACUACAUUACCCAUGAUGCUGUACAGAAAAUUACACCAAUCAGAGAGCCGAAGAAAGCAUCAUGAUCCAAAAUAGCUCUUUAGCUCCGCCCACUCCCAUGAAGCACGGCAAAUGAUGAGUCAAUCUCCCUACGCUUUCAAAAUACUGAAAUGUUUGUGCAUGUAUACAUAUAC